AUGUCGACGCAGAUGGGCGGCAAGAAGUCGGGCGGCAGCAGCAAUAGCUCGAUGGUGAUUACGCCUGCGAGCACGCCGGUCAACACGAUGGCGAAUGGGCAGCAGGCGAGCCCACCGCCGAACAACGCACCGAAAUACGGUACAUUGGUCCCUAACAGGAUAUUCGUCGGCGGCAUCUCGGCAAACACCACCGAAACUGAGCUGCUGCAGCUGUUCAGCAACUAUGGCACAGUGAAAGCUGCGAAAAUCAUCCAGGACCGCGCCGGUGUCUCCAAAGGCUAUGGAUUCAUCACGUUUGAGAGCGAGGAUGACGCUAAACGCCUCCAGCGCGAUCAGGAUAACAUUGUCCUGCGUGAGAGGAAGUUAAACAUUGCGCCUGCCAUCAAAAAACAGUUGGGGGUGUUUCAGCCGUUUAGUCGAGCCUUUGACGGGUCUAGCCCGCCGGCGGUGGCGCCGGGCUUUGCGCCCAACUUUUUCCCGCCGGGAUCGAUGCCGUUCUUCCAGGGCGGGCUGGCGUACUAUCCGCAACCGCCCACGGGACCUGCUGAUCCCGCCACGCAACCUCCGGCUGUUUUUCAAACUCCCUCCGUGUACCCGCCGCAGUCUGCCCCACCGCAAGCCAGCCCCUAUCAGCAGGUGAUGUACCCGCCGCAGCCGAUCUACGUGCCACAGCAAUACCCGAUGCCGAUGCCGCAACUACAUAUCGGAGGGACUGUACCCGGUGUCUCAGCCAGCGUACGUGUUGCUGGACGGCCUGCAGUACUGAGGGCUGCCCCCGACCCUCCGCUCGACCCCCCACUUAAGUGUGACUUCAGUUAUUUUGGUAAUGGUGGCGCUGGUCCGUACAUUGGCGGUAAUGGCGGUGGACAAAAUGGCGGCGCGCAGCAGCAGGCGAUCACUCAAGCCGGGCAAAUGCCACCCGCACGGGCUAACAGCCCACCGCGUCAGCAUUGCUAUGCUCAACCGAUGCCCAAUUCGGCCGCUGGCGCUGCCUAUCCAUCGCAGGAUAUCUAUUAUAACCUGCCGAUGUAUCAGGUGGAUACUAUCUAUGCUGCUGACCAGGCUGCGUUUGAGGCUAUGGCGAUCGCAAGCGGCGUUGUACAAGACGAUUAUCCACAACACCAACAUCAACCACCACCGCAGGAUGAUUUUAACACAUCACAACAGUCUAAAGGUGGCGCUGGCGGUGGUGGCGGUGUCGUGAUGCGCGCACAGCACCCACCACGACCGUCGUCGCAGCCGCCAACGCCGCAGAGCGGCGGUGAACGGCAAACGUCGACGCCGGUCGUUUCGCUGCUCUCGCUCGACCACCAGCAGGAGAAAGACUUGCUGUCGAUGCAGAGCGGCCGACGGCGUAAGCCACCGCCAUCUACACCGCCCGCUGUUCAAGUGCACCAUCAUCCCGCGUACGGCAUGCCACCACCACCACAACUCGCACAGGUGCAACAUCAUCAGCCGCACACGCACACGAAUGGCUACGCGCCAGCGUACGCACCCGAGUAUCACUACGCGCAGAUACUAGCGCCGCCUGUGUACAACAGUCAUAGUCAUCCAGCAGCAGCGCCCUCUACACAAAAAGCCGCCAUGACUAAUGGCUGGUCACUGGACGCGAAUGCAAACACAACCAACACAUCAUCGACUAGAAGAGGCGGAAGCGGUUGGAAUAGUUAUCCGCUUGCGUCGGGGCAUUCAUCACCGCGCACGGAUCUCUAUACGCCGGUGGAUGACUCGCGAGCGAAUGUAAGUGUUGAUGAUAAGCGUCGGUAUUCUCAGCCGAAUCUAUUACCGCGUCACCAGUACACCACGCACCGGCCCAACUACAACUAUAAUCACAAUAGUCACGCUGCGGCGGCGUAUGGUGGUGGUGGUAAUGCAAUGCACCGGCGGCGCGUGUUUAUCCCAAGCGGCAAGACGCAGUAUCGCAAUUCGAAUCGCCCGCAGCAGCAGCAGCAGCAGCACUAUGAUAAUAAUAAUGUAAACACACACACAAAUGGCACGCCGCCGCCACCACCUCCACCACCACCACUGCUCAACCACAAUAAUAAUAACAUCAACAACAAUACAGCGGAUAGUAAAACGACGGCGGCGCGUUCAACUCCCUCACCGGGUGCUUUCGUUUCACAGAUGCAGGCGAUUCCGCAGCACUUCGUGGCGCCGGCGCGUCACCGCACUCGUCGGACGGUGCGACGUGGCGGUGGGAUUGGCGAAUGCGGCGCCGGGGAUGCGCCGUUGACGAACAACGCGGAUGGUGGUGUCGUGGAUGCCUGCCACAAGAUGGAUAGUCUCAAGCUGUAAUUCAUCACUACUCCGACAGGUGGCGUUGGUGCGGCGACGUUGAAUAUAAUAAUUAAGUUACAAGCGAGAAAUGAAAAAAAAAAACAAACACUAAAAUGACUGACUGACUGAUGCUGGACAACAAGACGAACAUGAACUAAAUAUAUGUAAGACUGGUGUACGAUUGGUGUUGUUGAAAGCGAUACUUAAGCGCGCAUGGGGGCUGCGGAACACACAUAUUUACACACAAAACAUACAUAACCUAGAAACACACUACUACACUACACUAGAGAGAAAGUAAUAUAUUUAUUAACUUAUAUACACUUACACGAUGAUUUCGAGUGUGCAGAGGAUGCGGAGCAACUGUGUUUUUUAGUUGAUGCGAAGCAAAUGGUGGCGAAAAAAAGUAUUAUAUCGAUUGUUGACGAUGUAAAGAAAAUGUUUUAAGUUUUUUGUUUAUUUUUUCUUCAUUUUUUUAAUGACUUGUUAAACACGGUUGGUGUGUAGUUAGCUCAACCGCGCCGGACGAUACAUACACAUAUACACACAAACACACAGAGAUGUUAAUAUUUAGGAUUUUUGGCAAUAAGUUGCGCGCGCAAUUGACAAUAUUCGUUGAUGAAACAUUUGAGUGACUUGUACGCCGCGUUGUACGAUAGAUGUCCCCACAAAGAUUAUAAUGCGAUGAAAAUUUAUUUACACAUACAUACAUACACACACACAAGACACACACGAAAAAAUAUUGUUACAUUUGUUUAUAUUAUAUUAUAUGCGAUAGUGAUAUAUACACAUAACUAUAUUGAUAUAUAUAUUGUUAAGUAUUAGGUUAAGUUUAGGCGUAAGUAGAUUUGUAAGUGAGUCUGUCUGCACUCUGAAAGAGUGCGCGAGCGCAUGCGCGUCGAUGGCGGACGCUCGGAGAGUACCUUAACACUUAGAGCGGAUAAGCAGAAGAAACAAUAUUUAUUGUUAACUAUUGUAUAAGGCUAUUAUUAUUAUUAUUAUUAUUAGUUGUAACGAUUACUAUUUUGAAGAUGAUUUAACGAGGCGCCGCACGCUGACAUAUUGUAAAAAGCGCGUGCGGCCGUUGUACAGGAGGAAUAUACACAAUUCACACUGA